UGUAGGAAUGGCAUAGAGCAAAGGCUAAAUUCAUGGCAAGAUGGAGUGUCUGGUACAAACUGCCCUAUCCAACCUAGCAGGAACUGGACUUAUGUUUUCCCAAUCAAAGACCAAAUCGGAACAUUCUCCUACUUCCCUUCCAUCAAUUUCCUCAAAGCUGCCGGAGGGUUCGGUCCAAUUCGAGUCAACAACCUUCCAUUUAUAAGUGCUCCUUUCCCAAAACCUGAAGCUGAGUUUGAUCUUUUAAUUGGUGAUUGGUACAACAGUAGCUAUAAGGAUAUCAGGUCCAAAUUGAAUAUAUCUGAUGUUAUCUCUCCUAAUUGGAUGCUAAUAAAUGGAAAAGGACCAUAUCUGAACCCUGUUUCAAAAUCAUAUGAGACCUUGAAUGUUACACAAGGUAAAACAUAUCUGCUUAGGAUAUCAAAUGUAGGGACAUUUUGGAGCUUCAAUUUCAGGAUUCAGAACCAUGAUAUGGUUUUGGUUGAAACUGAAGGAUCUUAUGUUAAUCAACUAACAUUGAAGUCUCUUGAUGUUCAUGUUGGCCAAUCCUACUCUGUCCUUGUCACUGCAAACCAAGAUUCUUCUGCUGAAUACUACAUGGUCGCGUCGCCUAAACUGCUUCGCGACACAACAAAUCCUAUCUCGCUCGUUGGUGUCGCCAUACUUCACUAUGAUAACUCAACCAUAAAGCCUAAUGGACCUCUUCCUAAGGGUCCAGAUCCUUUUGAUCUAGAAUUUUCCAUCAAUCAAGCAAAAUCUAUUAGGUGGAAUCUUAGCACCGGUGCGGCCAGGCCUAAUCCACAGGGAACCUUCAACGUUACAAAUGUGACAAUAGUAGAGACUUUCAUUCUAAAGGCAUCGAUGGCGAAGAUAAACCAUUCUUCUUCGCCUCGCUAUGCUGUAAACAAUGUGUCUUACUUAACACCGGAUACACCAUUGAAGCUUGCUGAUUUUCUUGUCAAUGGUUCUGGAGUGUAUGUUCUGGACGCUUUUCCCAUUAACACUUCAAAUACCAAUGCUGUUAGUGGAGUUUUCGUGGCCAGCGCCAUAUAUAAAGGGUGGACAGAGAUAGUGAUCAAGAACACCUUGGACACCAUCGAUUCUUGGCAUUUGGAUGGAUAUAGCUUUUUUGUUGUUGGAAUGGGAGAAGGAGAAUGGAGAGCAGAAUCACGGUCAAGUUACAACUUGUAUGAUCCCGUAGCGAGAUCAACGGUGCAGGUGUUCCCAGGAGGGUGGAGUGCAUUGUAUGUGUACCCUGAUAACCCUGGAAUGUGGAACUUGAGAUCACAGAACUUGAACAACUGGUUCUUGGGUGAAGAGCUCUAUGUUAGAGUUUAUGAUCCUGAUCCUAACCCUGCCAAAGAGAAGUCACCGCCACAAAAUCUCCUACUAUGUGGGAAGUUUCAGCCACCAAGUCCAGCUCCGUCAGUGGCACCAACACCAUCCCCAUCAUCCAACGCAAACACUCCACAUACACCAAGGUCUCUUUUUGCUAUCAUCACCACUGCCAUAUGUUUCUUCUUCAUUGGUCUCCAUUGAGAAGGAAUGGAACACUAUACUACACUACACUACUAUUUUCGACUUAAUUUGUUACAUCAAGAACUGAAAGCUAUAUAUUCACUACAUCU